CCCCCCCCCCCCCCCCGGGCAGAGGGGGCGGGAGGAGCGCGUCCCGGCCAGGCUGCGUCUUGACUCCGUGCAUCUCCUCGAGAGCCGCGCGGGAAGGAUGCUGGUCCGCAGCAGCGCGCGCGCGGGGCCCGGGAUGCCGCCGGGCUGGACCGCGCUCUGCCUGCUGAGUCUGUUGCCCUCUGGGUUCACAAGUACCAACAACUACUUGACUUCUAUUGCCACAGAGUCAUCUACAUUGGGAAUAUUUUCAACUGUUCAUACAAAAGUAUAUGACCAGGAAACCACAACACCAAAUGUCCUUGGAAGUACCAGUUCCCAUCCUAUCUCUCAAGAUGGCAAUGGGACCACAGCAAUCAUCUCAGAGACUACAGUCAACUUCACAUCUACCUCUGGGAUUAUCCCAGUUUAUGGAACCACAAACUCUUCUGUCCAGCCACAGACCUCUCUAGCCGUCACAGUGCCCACCACCCCAGCCAACUUUUCGACUUCAGAGGUGACCAGCAUGUCGCCUGGAAAUGCUUCAGAUCUUUCACCUAACAACACCAGCCCUGUGACAUUUCCCACUAAGCCCUAUACAUUACCUUCUCCUACGCCAAAUGUCAUCAAGGGAGAAAUAAAAUGUGUAGACAUCAAAGAAGUGAGAUUGGCUCAGGGUAUCUGUCUGGAGCUAAAUGAGACCUCCAGCUGUGAGGACUUUAACAAGGACCAAGGAGAGGGCCUGAUCCGAGUACUAUGUGGGGAGGAGCAGGCUGAUGCUAAGGCUGCGGCCCCCAUGUGCUCCUUACUCCUUGCCCAGUCUGGGGCCAGGCCUCAGUGCCUGCUGCUGGUCUUGGCCAAUGAAACAGAAAUUUCCAGCAAAUGCCAAAUUUUGGAAAAGCACCAGUCUGACCUGAGAAAGCUGGGAAUCCAAAGUUUCACCAAACAAGAUGUUGUGAGCCACCAGAGCUAUUCCCGAAAGACUCUGAUUGCACUGGUCACCUCGGGGGUCCUCCUGGCUAUCUUGGGCAUCACUGGUUAUUUCCUGAUGAAUCGUCGCAGCUGGAGCCCCACAGGAGAAAGGCUGGGCGAAGACCCUUAUUACACGGAGAACGGUGGAGGCCAGGGCUAUAGCUCAGGACCUGGGGCCUCCCCUGAGGCUCAGGGAAAGGCCAGUGUGAAUCGAGGGGCUCAGGAGAACGGGACCGGCCAGUCCACGUCCAGAAACGGCCAUUCAGCAAGACAACAUGUGGUGGCUGAUACAGAAUUGUGACUCGGCUGGGUGGGGCAAGGCUGGGCAGUGUCUGGGAAAGAAGUCCUUCCCUGCAUCUGACCAUAUGCUGCCCCCACACUGGAGGUGACAUCCCUUUUAUCGAACCCUUCCCCACUGCACACAUCUCAGAGGCUGUUCUUAGGGCCCUCCCCAUUGGGGAGAGACAGGAAAACUCCUGCCCUCUUCACAUUCCGUUCCCUGGAACCAGAUUCUGGUCUUCUUUGGGUACAUGAUGGGAAAGAGCCAAGGUCCAGAGAAGCUCCCAGACAUGGGUGAUGGCCUCGAGCAUUCACACCUGGCCUCCCUUCCCCUCCCCCC